AUGCUCCGUCUCACCUCGCUUUUGUAUCCUCCAUUUUCCUCUCCUCAUCCCUUCCUCUCCUCUCUGUUCCUUCCCUAUGGUCACGUAGAUAAGCCUCCGGCAGACCCGUGUGUGGCGAAAAAGUGUGGCGCCAAUGCGGUUGCUGCGGUGGUGAGUGCUGCUGUGUUGGUGAGUGCUGCGGUGGUGAGUGCUGCUGUGUUGGUGAGUGCUGCGGUGGUGAGUGCUGCUGUGUUGAGAUUUCCUUCAUCUGUUGUUUUCAAUAUCCGCUCACUCGCCCAACCCCCUCCCCUCUGCCCCUUUUCACCAGACCCAUGCGUGCUCAAGGCGUGUGGCGUCAACGGCAAGUGCAUCAAGGACAGUGCUGGAGUGGCGUCCUGCGUGUGUGACGCUGGCUUUGUGCUGCAGGCUGACAAGACUACAUGCAGCGGUGCGUAUGUGCUGUUUACUUUCCAUAUCGACCCAUUCUCAGUGUCCCCUCACUCGCGCAACUCCCUCUCCUCUCCCCCCCUUUCUCCAGACACAUGCGCGCUCAAGGCGUGUGGCAGCAACGGCAAGUGCACCAAGGACAGUGCUGGAGUGGCGUCCUGUGUGUGUGACACUGGCUUCGCACUGCAGGCUGAUGGCGUCACAUGCACCGUGUCCCCUCACUCGCGCAACUCUCUCUCCUCUCCCCCCCUUUCCCCAGACGCAUGCUCGCUCAAGGCGUGUGGCAGCAACAGCAAGUGCGUCAAGGACAGUGCUGGAGUGGCGUCCUGCGUGUGCAACACUGGCUUUGUGCUGCAGGCUGACAAGACUACAUGUGCUGACACAUGCACGCUCAAGGCGUGUGGCAGCAACGGCAAGUGCACCAAAGACAGUGCUGGAGCGGCGUCCUGCGUGUGUGACACUGGCUUUGUGCUGCAGGCGGAUGGCAAGACGUGCACUGAUGUCUGUACCAUCAAGAACUGCGAAGGCUCCGAUGCCAAUUCCUAUUGCGACAAGGAAGGGAACCUUGUGACCUGCUUGUGCAAGAAUGGAUACGCCAUGGCAGCGGGCAUAUGCACUGACACAUGCGUUUCCAAAGGGUGUGGCGGCAACGGCACGUGCAGCAAGAAUGUUGCUGGAGUGGCGUCCUGCGUGUGCAACGCUGGCUUCGUGCUGCAAGCUGACAAGAUAACAUGCACCGACACCUGCACGAUCAAGAACUGUGGUGCGAACGGCCGGUGCAUCAAGGACGCCACCACUGGAGCAGCGUCCUGUGUGUGUGACACUGGCUUUGUGCUGCAGGCGGAUGGCAAGACGUGCACUGUCUCCUCGUCGCCAGACACAUGCGUGCUGAAGGCGUGUGGCAGCAACAGCACGUGCACCAAGGACAGUGCAGGGGUAGCGUCCUGCGUGUGCAACACUGGCUUCGUGCUGCAGGCUGACAAGAGCGUGUCGAGGGAGGUUUCUCAUGUGGGCAGUCCUUUCCCAUAUCCUUUGUCUACCCUCAUUUGCCCAACCCCACCUCGCUCGCCCAACUCCCUCCCCUCUGUCUCCUCUUCCCCAGACACAUGCGUGCUCAAGGCGUGUGGCGUCAACGGCAAGUGCAUCAAGGACAGUGCUGGAGUGGCGUCCUGUGUGUGUGACACUGGCUUCGUGCUGCAGGCUGAUGGCGUCACAUGCACCGACACCUGCAAGAUCCAGGACUGUAGUGCAGACGGCCAGUGCAUCAAGGACGCCAUCACUGGAGCAGCGUCCUGUGUGUGUGACACUGGCUUUGUGCUGCAGGCAGAUGGCAAGACGUGCAAAGACACCUGCAAGAUCCAGGACUGUAGUGCAGACGGCCAGUGCAUCAAGGACGCCACCACUGGAGCAGCGUCCUGUGUGUGUGACACUGGCUUUGUGCUGCAGGCAGAUGGCAAGACGUGCAAAGACACCUGCAAGAUCCAGGACUGUAGUGUAGACGGCCAGUGCAUCAAGGACACCACCACUGGAGCAGCGUCCUGUGUGUGUGACACUGGCUUUGUGCUGCAGGCAGAUGGCAAGACGUGCAAAGACACCUGCAAGAUCAAGGACUGUAGUGCGAACGGCCAGUGCAUCAAGGAUGCCACUACUGGAGCAGCGUCCUGUGUGUGUGACAAUGUCUUUACGCUGCAGACGGAUGGCAAGACGUGCGAUGGUAUAUGA